CUGUGCAUUCUAAAUCAUUUUUAUCAAGCACAAUUGGUUAGGCCUAGGGUUUAUUAUUGUAAGUACAGAAGUUUGUGGGGUUUUGCUCUGCAAUCACCAGUCAGCAAUUUUCCUGUGAGAUCUCUUGUUCUCAUCUACCAUCUGCAACAAAGCUCACAUCAGGAGAAAAGGAUGUCUUCUGUUGGAUUUAGGCUUUAGACGGCUUGAUUGAAGCUGAUAAUGUCCUCUCUAACCUUCUUUGUUUGAUGAGUUGUUUCACUGGUUCAUGAAACCAUGAGGUUUAUUGCACUUGCCAGGUCCAUUCGUGGCCGUUCUACUUUCCAAGAAAUAACUGGGCUUUUGCAGGUUCGUUUUUUCCAGCAUGAUUUUGUUCCUAGAGAUCCCAACACCAAGCCCAAAAAGUACAAAUAUCCAGCAUUUUAUGAUCCAUAUGGCCCCAGACCUCCACCUUCUGACAAAAUCAUUCAACUUGCUGAACGUAUUGCUGCCUUACCCCUGGAGGAGCAACGUCAAAUUGGUCCUACUCUCCAACGCAAGUUAAAGCAUCCAAAACUGCAGUCAAUUUCAACAGAAGGCAUGGACUUGGGUCCUCAAGGAGCCCAAGCUACUGGAGGUACAAAGGUUGAGGAGAAGAAGGAGAAAACAGCCUUUGAUGUGAAGUUGGAGAAGUUUGAUGCAGCAGCAAAAAUCAAGGUGAUUAAAGAGGUUAGAACUUUUACUAGUUUGGGGUUAAAGGAGGCCAAGGACCUGGUCGAGAAGGUACCUGUUUUGCUUAAACAAGGAGUCACUAAAGAGGAAGCAAAUGAGAUCAUAGAGAAGAUAAAAGCUGCUGGAGGAGUUGCAGUUAUGGAGUGAUAACUUUAGCUUUGUUGUAUUACUGGUUUUUUUUUUUUUUUUUUUUUUUUUU